ACAAGGGCAUCGUGGAAAGUUUCUGAAAAAACAAAAUGGAGGAUGGGAAGGCAGUGUGGGCUCCACACCAACUGGAUGGGUUCCAGUUGGGUUCCAUCAUUGACAUUGGGGUUGACACAUUAACCAUUGAGCCGUUGAAUCAGAAGAACAAGACCUUCCUAGCUCCUGUCAAUCAAGUUUUUUCUGCAGAAGAGGACAGUAAAAAGGAUGUGGAGGAUAACUGUGGCCUUAUGUACUUGAAUGAAGCUACGCUCCUGAACAACAUCCGAGUACGUUACAGCAAGGACAAGAUCUACACUUAUGUCGCUAACAUCCUGAUAGCCAUCAACCCCUACUUUGACAUACCUAAACUCUACUCAUCCAAUUCCAUUCAGAAGUACAAAGGGAAGUCCUUGGGCACUCUUCCACCGCACGUCUUUGCCAUCGCUGACAAAACUUACCGUGAUAUGAAGGUACACAAACUAAGCCAGUCUAUCAUUGUAUCAGGAGAAUCGGGUGCUGGGAAAACAGAAAACACCAAGUUUGUCCUUCGGUACUUGACGGAAUCCUAUGGGACAAGCCAAGACAUCGACGAGAGGAUUGUGGAAGCAAAUCCCUUACUCGAAGCCUUUGGAAAUGCCAAAACUGUGCGUAACAAUAACAGUAGUCGGUUUGGAAAGUUUGUGGAGAUCCAUUUCAACGAGAAGAACGCGGUCGUCGGAGGGUUUGUCUCCCACUACCUGUUGGAAAAAUCCCGCAUCUGUAUGCAGAGCAAAGAAGAACGAAAUUACCACAUCUUUUACAGGCUGUGUGCGGGUGCUCCCGAAGAGAUUAGGCAAAAGUUUCACUUGAUCUCCCCUGAUAAUUUCCGGUAUCUAAAUCGAGGCUGUACCAGGUAUUUUGCCAACAAGGAAUCAGACAAGCAGAUACUGCAGAAUCGAAAGAGUCCAGAGGAAGAAGAGUGCCUCAAGGAAGGCUCCAUGAAGGACCCAUUGCUGGAUGACCACGGGGAUUUCAACCGCAUGUGCGUGGCCAUGAAGAAGAUAGGCCUGGGCGACGUUGAGAAGUUUGACCUGUUCCGCGUGGUCGCCGGGGUUCUGCACCUCGGCAACGUAGACUUCGAAGAAACGGGAAGCACCUCGGGUGGGUGCGUCCUGAAGAAUAAAUCGAGUCAGUCGCUGGAUUACUGUGCAGAGCUUCUGGGACUGGACAGCGAUGAUUUACGGGUCAGCCUGACCACUCGAGUAAUGUUGACCACUGCAGGGGGAGCCAAAGGCACGGUCAUUAAGGUACCGCUGAAGGUGGAGCAGGCAAACAAUGCUCGUGAUGCUUUGGCCAAAGCGGUUUACAGUCACCUAUUCGACCAUGUUGUGAAGCGGGUCAAUCAAUGCUUUCCAUUUGUCACCUCCAGCUUCUUCAUCGGAGUUCUGGACAUUGCCGGCUUUGAAUACUUUGAACACAAUAGCUUUGAGCAGUUCUGCAUUAACUAUUGCAAUGAGAAGCUGCAGCAGUUUUUCAAUGAGAGAAUCCUCAAAGAGGAACAAGAGCUGUAUCAGAAGGAAGGGCUUGGUGUGAAUGAGGUGUACUAUGUUGACAAUCAAGACUGUAUUGAUUUGAUUGAAGCUAAAUUAGUGGGGAUUCUGGAUAUCCUGGAUGAAGAAAACCGCCUCCCUCAGACCAGCGACCAGCAUUUCACGUCGGCAGUUCACCAGAAGCACAAGGAUCACUUCCGACUGACCAUCCCCAGGAAGUCCAAACUGACGGUUCACAGGAACAUCCGUGAUGAUGAGGGGUUUAUCGUCAGGCACUUUGCCGGCGCCGUCUGCUAUGAAACUUCAAAGUUUGUGGAGAAGAAUAAUGAUGCCUUGCACAUGUCCUUGGAGUCCCUGGUGUCAGAAUCGAAGGACCCCUUUGUGCGGAAGCUCUUCGAAGGAACCAACAACAUGAAGGACACGAAGCAGAAAGCCGGAAAACUCAGCUUCAUCAGCGUUGGGAAUAAGUUCAAGACUCAGUUGAACCUGUUGCUGGAAAAGUUGCGCAGCACAGGUUCCAGCUUCAUUCGAUGCAUCAAGCCCAACCUUAAAAUGACAAGCCAUCAGUUCGAAGGGGCACAAAUCCUCUCUCAGCUCCAGUGUUCAGGUAUGGUGUCCGUUUUGGACCUGAUGCAAGGAGGAUUCCCAUCACGUGCUCCGUUCCAUGAACUUUACAACAUGUACAAGAAUUACAUGCCUGCAAAGCUCACGAGACUGGACCCCAGACUCUUUUGCAAGGCACUGUUCAAAGCCUUGGGUCUCAAUGAAAAUGAUUACAAGUUUGGUCUAACCAAGGUCUUCUUCCGUCCUGGCAAGUUUGCAGAGUUCGAUCAGAUCAUGAAGUCUGACCCGGAGCACCUGGCAGUGCUGGUGAAACGGGUGAAUCACUGGCUCAUAUGCAGUCGUUGGAAGAAGGUUCAAUGGUGUUCACUGUCUGUCAUCAAAUUAAAGAACAAGAUGAGUUACCGAGCCCUUGCUUGCAUUAAGAUGCAGAAGACUGUUCGCAUGUGGUUAUGUAAAAGGAAGCAUAAGCCUCGCAUUGCUGGGUUGGUAAAGGGAAAGUCGUUGAAACAGCGAGUCAACAGGAUGAUUGAGGUGGUGAAGGCCCUAAAAGAGGGGAAAGCUGAAAUGAACAAACAGGUCCAGGAUCUGGAUUCAUCGAUAGAUUAUUUCAUGAACAAAAUCAAGUGCACGAUCAUGACCCGUGUGGAGAUCGAUAAAGAGUACGCGGGCCUGGUGCGACGCUCCGAGCAGCUGCUCAGUGGCCUCCAGAAGAAGAAGCAGGAGGAAGAGGAAGCGGAGAGACUGCGGGCCAUCCAGCAGGAGAUGGAGCGGGAGCACAGUAGGCGCGAGGAGGAGGAGAGGCAUCACAAGCAGGAGGAGGAGGACCGGCGAUUGAAAGCAGAGAUGGAGAUGAAGCGGAAACAGGAGGAGGUGGAGAGGAAGAAACAAGAGGAAGAGGAACGCCGUUUGCAGGCUGAGCUGGAGUUGCAGAUCACGGCUGAUCGUGAGGAGGAUGUUCUUAAACAGACUCUGAUGGAGCAGGAGCGGCGAGAUCGCGAGCUGGCCAUGAGGAUCGCGCGCAGCGAGUCCGAUCUAAUCGCCGAUGAAGCCCCGAUGGACACCGGGAUAAAGAGCGUUGAAGUGAAACGCGUCCAACCUGUUGCUGCUGCUGCCAAAUCUGCCCGUCCAGAAUCCAAAAUGACAAUGGAGGAAAUGGCCAAAGAAAUGUCAGAUUAUCUGGCUAGAAGUCCACAGGUCCAGGCAACCAAGGCCGCCGCUGGCAUCAAGAAACACGACCUCAGCAAAUGGAAAUACGCCGAACUGCGGGAUGCCAUCAACACCUCCUGUGAUAUCGAGCUCCUGGCAGCCUGCCGGGAAGAGUUCCACCGGAGGCUGAAGGUUUACCACGCUUGGAAGUCCAAGAACAAAAAGCGCAACACUGAGGCUGAGCAGCGGGCACCAAAGUCCAUCACCGACUACGCUGAACAGAACCCUCCCCAGUUGCACAGUCGGCAGCAGGAGAUCACUCAGAAUCGGACACAGCGUUACUUCCGUAUCCCUUUCAUCCGGCCAGCCGACCAGUACAAGGAUCCCCAGAACAAGAAGAAGGGCUGGUGGUACGCCCAUUUCGAUGGGCCUUGGAUCGCACGUCAGAUGGAGCUGCACCCAGACAAGGCACCCAUACUGUUGGUAGCUGGCAAGGACGACAUGGAGAUGUGUGAGCUUAGCCUCGACGAGACAGGCCUCACACGGAAGCGGGGCGCCGAGAUACUGCCGCGGCAGUUCGAGGAGGUGUGGGAGCGAUGCGGCGGCGUGACCUACCUACGCAACGCCAUUGAGAACAAGCAAGCCCGACCCACCUACGCCACAGCCAUGCUGCAGAACCUACUGCAGUAGGAUGCAAUGGUGCCUGCUGUCUGGACAGAGAGGAAUGGUGCAGAAAAGAAAGACUUGUAAAUGGAGCACAUGGACGAAAACUGCGCUUCCUAUUGGAAAAUAACUCAGAGUUUGAAUUGAAUGGGUUUUUUAGAACUUUAAUCUCUUAUGCAAGAAUUAAUGGAUAAAACCAGUUGAGAAAAAAAAUUAGGAAUAACAUUUAGUAUUGGUGACCCUUUUCCCUCAAACCACUGGUAAUUAAUCAUGGAUAAAGGAAGUUCACAGAUUAGUCCGAGGACUCGGCAAAGAAUGACAAGUGGCUGGUUGUGAUGCUGGUUCUCUUAACGUAGCGUGUUAGUCGAUGUGUAAAAUCCCAUGGUUGUCGUUUUUAUCGAGCAGUCAAUAGGUACAUAGUGCGUGGGGACAGCUCUUUGCCUUUCUGGCGAUAGUGCCCGUAACCCACAUUGUUAGAAACACCCAGUUUAGUCCAAAUUCCACAGUUAGCGGCUCCCAGCCGUAUUAUUGCCUAUACUUGAAGGUUUCGCUUUGAUGAACUGUUAAACAGCCUGCGACCCUCCCUGACACUUCAGUACCCGUGAGUCCUGGCCUUUUGGGUUCUUGCAAAAGGUUGCCUUUUUAUUUCAAGCCCUCAGGCUCAACUAGGCAUGAUCAUGUUGUACCUAGCUGACAGUUAGAUUCCAUUGAGUUCCAGCCUGGUUUUGUCCAUUUCUAUUUUGUGGGAUGUUUUGUUUUUAUGUGUAGUGAAGUCUUUUUGUGCGCUCCGUAAUAAUUGAAUAUUCAAAGCAUUUAUAAAGACUGUUUCUGUAAUACAUUAUGUCUCAAAACUGGAACGGCAUUGCUCUUUGCACCACACAUCAGAAUUCAAACCGCAGAUGGACACAAGGGGUCGGUGUAGUUCUGGCCAGUUUGACAGCGGCAUGACUUGUUCCUGAUGUUAUUUGCCAUGUGGCUCUCUCCUCUUUCCCUACUAAACCCUGAUCCACAAGGUGAUUCCCCCACCUGGGCACCUGAAACAUGUAAUCUGUGCAAAUAGGGGUUGCAUGAAUGGAGAAGAAAGAGAUUAGCCCGGUAUAAAGCUGACCAAAGACAGACAUAAAGCGCAGGUGGAACACAGUGGGUCAGGCAGCAUCUCUGGAGCAAAGGUUUGGGUGACAUUUCAGAUGUUGAAUGAUUGUUGAGAAAAAGGAUUGAUGACGUUUCAAUUAAGACUUCACUUCACUGCAACCCUUCUCCAUACUAAAAAGAGUAUAAAGGGACCGACCCAAAACUCAUUCUUUUUCUCCAGAGAUGCUGCCUGAUCCGCUGAGUUACUCCAGCACUUUGAGUCUAUCUUUGGUAUAAACCAGCAAAUGCAGUUCUUCAUUUCUCCAUAAACCUGAGCAAGCUAGGUCUGCUCCACAUGGCUCUCGUGAUUCCAGCUGGUGUUUAAUGGUCGAACGAAAUCACUGACUGUUGUGCUUAUUUAUUUAUGAUCUCCAACGUGCGAAAGAUGUGCAAGUCUUACCUUAAAACCACCUGUUUUAUUGGUACUUCCUGCACCAUAUGGACCAAGUCUCAUUUUAAGAACUGCACAGUUAUGUCAUUUGAUUUUUGAAAUGUCCCUGACUGAUUUCAUGAGAAGCACAAAAUAAACGCAUUCCUUGCCUAAUACCUUA